AAACCAAUCCUCCUCUGACUACUGUCGUUAACUUAACAUGUUUUUCAUGAUUCACACCGUCGAUUUUGAUAAAUCAUAUUUACGCGUUUGUCUUUAGAGUGAAUUAGAAGUUUAUAUAUUCAUCACUGAAUUUAAAAACUUUAGAAAAAACGUUAGAGAUGGAGGAAUUUAAUUCAAACGGAUCAGUGGUUAACGGUACGGGAUCUAUGGAAGUUCCUCAAUCUAAUGCUGAAGUUAUAAGGGGACAAAUAUUUGAAGUGGGUCCUAGGUAUAUUAAACUCGCCUAUAUAGGUGAAGGAGCUUAUGGAAUGGUUGUGUCUGCAGAUGACACGGUAACUAACCAAAGAGUUGCAAUAAAAAAAAUAUCGCCGUUUGAACAUCAAACUUACUGUCAAAGGACUCUCAGAGAAAUAACCAUAUUGACCAGAUUUAAACAUGAAAACAUUAUUGAUAUUCGUGAUAUUCUUCGGGUUGAUAGCAUAGACCAAAUGAGAGAUGUUUAUAUAGUACAGUGUUUAAUGGAGACUGAUUUGUAUAAAUUACUUAAAACACAGAGGCUUAGUAAUGAUCACAUCUGUUACUUUUUAUAUCAGAUAUUGCGUGGACUUAAGUAUAUCCAUUCAGCAAACGUCUUGCAUCGGGACCUAAAGCCAAGUAAUUUACUGUUAAACAAGACGUGCGACCUAAAAAUUUGCGACUUUGGAUUGGCUCGUAUUGCAGAUCCCGAGCAUGACCAUACUGGCUUUCUCACAGAAUACGUUGCUACUCGGUGGUAUAGAGCACCUGAAAUUAUGCUUAACUCAAAAGGAUACACUAAAUCAAUUGACAUGUGGUCCGUUGGCUGCAUUUUGGCUGAAAUGUUAAGUAAUCGGCCAAUAUUCCCUGGAAAACAUUAUCUGGAUCAACUUAACCAUAUUCUUGGCGUGUUGGGGUCGCCGUCCCGGGACGAUUUAGAAUGUAUUAUUAACGAAAAGGCACGGAACUAUUUGGAGUCUUUACCAUUUAAGCCAAAUGUACCUUGGGCGAAACUUUUCCCAAAUGCUGAUGCGUUGGCUUUAGACCUUCUUGGGAAAAUGUUAACAUUUAACCCCCAUAAACGGAUUCCUGUCGAGGAAGCUCUUGCACAUCCCUAUUUAGAGCAGUAUUAUGAUCCUGGAGAUGAGCCUGUAGCUGAAGUGCCAUUUCGGAUUAAUAUGGAAAAUGAUGACAUUUCUCGAGAUGCUUUAAAAUCAUUGAUUUUCGAAGAAACUUUAAAAUUUAAGGAGCGACAACCAGAAAAUGCGCUUUAGGCUUUAAGAAUUUAAGUAUAUAGUAAAAACAAUUGCUCCAUUAGUGUAACUUUUAUCGUAAUUUUCUCAGAUCUCAGAUUAGGGCUUUUACACAAAAAGCUUGCUAAAAUGAGACAACCUCCGAUUCUUACAAUUUUCACUUACGUGUGAAUAUGAAAAAUGGCCCUAAAUAUUUUCUAAAGAUAGGAACUAAAACUAUGUGUGAUGUUCGUAAAAUGCAUUAAUUUUUUUAUUUAUUUUAAAAUUAACUUAUAUUUAGGUUACCUGAUGUAAAGAACGUGUAUAAUAUUGGGAUAUUAACGUCGUAAUAUUUAAGAUCUAUAAAAAAGUUUACCAAAACAAUGAAUUUAAACAUUUAAGUUUUGUUGAAUGGCAGUUGCUUUGUUUAAAUAAAAGUUCUAAAAUAAAAUAAUUUAGGCGAUCAAAAAUAUAAAAAAAUAACUCGAUUGUAGCAAACUAAAUACGCUCUUUUUGAUUUAAUAGUCAUAAUCAUAAUAACAUUUUUUAAUUAUAUUAAUAAGAUAUUCGAAUCACGUCACUUUUUCCAAAUUCCAUUAAGUACUUCAAAUUAUAAAAAAGUAUUUAUGACCAGCUGGCCGCUUUUAAAAAAUAAUAAAGUUUUUAUCAUAAUUUAAUGUGAUUUAUUAAGACUAGCAGGGAAAGCCCUUCUUCGAUGUUUAAGUGAUUAAGCUAAUCCACAUUUCUAAAUAUGCCAUAGCACGAACGAUACCAAAUUUUAAAAUUGUUUUGCUAUUUAAAGGUUACUGCAAGACAUAAAUUUGUGUGCAACCGAAUCUUUAAAAUACGUCUUUUUGGCUUUUUGUGUGGAAAAUAGGAUUUUUCUAUAUGUUAAAAAUUUACAAUUUGCUAUUUAAAGGUUACUGCAAGACAUAAAUUUGUGUACAACCGAAUCUUUAAAAUACGUCUUUUUGGCUUUUUGUGUGGAAAAUAGGAUUUUUCUAUAUGUUAAAAAUUUACAACUCUGUUUUCACACUAAGGAUUGGUGAAAAAUUUUGGAUUUUUAAAAGUUUGGAAAAUUUAAAAUAUUCAGAUUUGCACACUUUAAUAUAAAAAAUGUAAGUUAUUAAUAUUAUCAAACAACAUUUUUAAAGCAAAUACUAACAAAUUUUAAGAAUUCACAUUUCAAAUAAGAUUUACAUUUAUUCCAAAUCAUUUUUGUAAAAUAAAAUUGUAUGCAGAGUUGUAAAUUUUAUUUAUAUUAAUUUUGGAAUAAUUAAGGUAAUUAAAUGCGAUUUCCAGUCACAAAAAAAUGUUUUUGAUUACCAUUAAAUAAGAUUAAUUUGUAAAGAA